UCCCUUUCCGGUUCAGAGGGUUCAGAGCACCAGCGGGACCGGCCGGCGGCGCGCCUCAACUUGUUCUGUUUUGUCGGCUGCUCUGAAUCACAUGCAAGAAUUUCACCAUGAGUCAGAUGGGACAAUCGGAUAAUGAGAGCUUUUCUGGCAUUCUCCACCCGUGGGAGCUCGGCUAUGAGCUGCCGCUGCUGACCGCCGAUGAUACACUUGGGCUCCAGUGGUUCGACAAGCACGAAAACAUGCCUCACCUUUGCUCAACAACUGUCAAGCAAGAAGACGUCGAACCUCAUUCGACGAAUGUUCAGGUACCAAACACAAACUGCGCAAACCACAGUGCUGAAGACUGGCCAGGUGACGUUGGAUUCCAAGUUAAGUUCAAAGAUUAUGCAUCAACAAACAACGUUUGGACGUACUCGGAAGACAGGCGCAAGCUAUACACCGUGAUGGGCAACGCGGUUCCAGCUCAUUUCGUCACUGACCAAGCUCAGCCUCCAGGUACGACUGUUUGCAUUGUCGCCGUGUUUCGAGAUCCAGAUCUGAGGCUCAAAAAUAUUCGCCGGUGUCCCGUACACGCUGCCGAAUCGGACGGAAAGAAUGAUUCUCGUGAUCACUGGAUACUCUGCGAUCACCCAGCCACCGUGUACUCCGAAGAUGAAGCAAACGGGCAGCGUAACUUUCUCACAGUUCCUUACGAGGCUCCGGAUCGUGACAGUAACGAUCUGUUCACGUACAGGUUGCGUUUCAUGUGUCGCAACAGCUGUGCAGGUAGCAUCAACCGACAGGCUACUGCUGUGCUUUUUAUUCUACGAUCUCCGGAAGGUCGAGACAUUGCACGUCGUGUCGUGGAAGUGAAGGCUUGUGCUUGUCCGUGCCGCGAUCGGAAGCACGAUGAAAUGCAGCGGAAGCGUGCACCGUCCGACAACGAACAUGGUAAAAAGAAGAUUUACACGAUCGAUGUUUGUGACAAGGAGAGGUACGAAUUCCUGCGUAAAGUUAAGGACGCCUUGGAGCUGUUCGAAGCAGAGAAGGCGAGGAAGAAAAAGAAGACUGCAACCCACACCGCCCGCGAACGUACCAAGAAGUAGAGCUUUCAUUCUCUGCCUCAAAUGCAAUCAAUAAACCCCAACAAUACUAUG